GGACUGGACCAAGGUCGCCGCAAGAUCUUGGCAGUGACGCACUGGUACCCAAUGGAGAAGAAGAACUCAUUUACAAUUCAUAGAUUUCGGAGCAUUAAAUACUUACUACGCCUAAUCGGAUACCUCGGCCUUCUUAGCGCGAACUACCAUAGCCAGCUGCAUAGCCUACCUAGUGUACACAAUACUAUUACAGCCUUCAUCUUCCCGGCAGCCCGGAUAGGCACUUACUACUGCUGCCGCUGCUGUUACUUCGUGCCCGAAAUGGCUGGGUUGUGGAGAACUAGAAAGCUCUCCAGCGCAUACGUAGGCUGCCUGUGCCACUGCCUACACCUGCGCCAGCGACAGGCACACGCCUUUAUGUAACAAUGCAUCGCCAAGACAACCACUGCCAAUACGUGGCUGAGGGAUGAUUGGGGGAGGCCGCCAAUGGGAGAUCCCGAAACUUACCUAGCAGCCUGGCUAUUAGACGUGUGCUUUACCUACUAGGCAUUCAAUCCUCAGU